CUUUAAACAAAGCAGCGCUCAAUCAAACUCCCAAAAUAUAUCGGCCGCAGAUAUAACGAUGCCAGCAAACGAGGACAUAAGUGUCAGGCCGUCAACACCCGAGAAACGGCGUCGAGAUGGAGACCCUCUGUUCAGCACGCCCACAAGCGGUACCGAUAUACAGCUGAAAUUGAUGCUCUUGCAACAGCGCCACAACAAAGAAGACGCCGCCGCGUCACAGGCCGGCACACCUGAGUGUAGUGCUGAUAUCGAAGGUGCCAUUGAAGCCCUUAAAAAACAACACGAUGAGCGCUUUGAAGAUGUUUGUUUCAUCUUGAGGAAGGUUGGCAAGAGGAUGCACGCAUACAAGGUGCAAAAUGAGGAGUUAAAGCAAAAGAAUGCCCGUCUUGAGGCUGAGAAGGUUGAAAUCUAUGAGGCUGAGCUGGCUGAGUUUCUUGAGGCUGCUGGGGAGGUGCCAGGGACUUCCUGUAGGCUAGACUAACGGCAAAUAGGUUGUAAGGUAGCUAGAUGAUAACAGAG